AUAAUGUAGGUGACUAUAAAAUUAACGAGGCAUAUCCGACGAAAAAGAAAGAAGUUAUUCAUAAAUAUAACGCACUACUCGACGUUCUUAAGAGUAAGGUUGAAAUUGCAUUUAAGCGCGGUCAGUCGGUAGGUAAUUGGUCAGUCAUUGGUGAAGUUAUAUAUAGGAUUUCUUGA